CAUUGCUUCUGCAACCAAAUCAGAAUUCACAUUUCUUCCUAUUUCCUUCCAGCGAGUGGCAUAGCAUCUUCCUCAAGUCUUUCCUUUGAAAAAAGUUUUCCGGCACCUCGUCAUGGGGAUCAGUUUGCCAGGAAAAAAGUUGCGGCGGUCUCUAUCUGGUCGCAAGGAAGUAGAUUCUGCACCCUUAGCCGUUCCAAAGGGGCAUUUUCCAGUUUAUGUAGGAGAAAACCAAAAGAAGAGAUUCAUCGUUCCACUGUCAUACUUAUCUCGGCCCUCGUUCCAGGACCUGCUGAGUCAAGCUGAGGAGGAGUUUGGCUUCGAUCAUCCAAUGGGAGGCCUAACCAUUCCAUGCAACGAAGAAGUUUUCCUCAGCCUAAUAGAUGGAUGAUCAAUCCUGACUAGAGAACUCCUAGAUAGAUUAGUCAAUACACUUGACACGAUUUUGUAAACAAAUUUUACGACCAGUGUAGAUGUUUUUCCCUCUUGUUUAGGGAGUACUGGUUUAAGGAGAUAGACAGAUGUACAAUUGAAGAUGCAAUUUAGAUCAAUAACAUUGAUUUCUCUAUAUGUGGA